UCUCAUAUAAAGUCAUAGGGUGCAAUUGAAGCACCCUUCAAAUAACCAGGAGUUUAGCCAGGCACAAUAGUAUACCCUGUUAUCUCAGCACUGGGGAGGCUGAGGCAGGAGAAUCACUGUAAAUUCAAGGCCAGCCUAGAUUACAUAGUGAGUUCAAGGCCCAACUGAAUUACAAAGCCUCAAAAAAGUCACACAAAAACAAAUAGGGACUUAAAAGAAAUUAUAGCUGUUAUAGCUGGGCCUGUGGCAUAGGCAUGUAAUUCCAAUACUCUGGAGACUGAAGCAUUAGUAUCAUAGGCUUGAGCCUUCCUUGGGCAAAGUAGCACUUAGCAACACAUUAUUAGGAAGUGUGUGUGUCUGGGGGAUGACAAAAAAAAGGGCUGGGGAUGUUAGGUCAGUGCGAAGGCCCUGGAGUUCCAUGCAAGGUAACCCCUAGGAUAAAUAUGAGGAAACUGUUAGGAAACAUCUAGUGCGCUAAGAUUUAUAAGGGAAAUAAAAAACACCUGUGGCUGAUUUCCCUUGGUUAAAACUAGUGCUACUUAUUACUGGAAUUGGCCCUCUAGCGCCACCGUCCUGUGGCAAACUGCGGCUUCAAGUCUCCUAGCAACAAGCUGUGGAGGAGCUAGAAGGGCGAAGAGUUGAUACCUGUCAAGAAACUUAGAUUGUACCUGGAAAGGCCAAAAUGGAGUUAUCAAUGCCCCCACCUCAGAUCUAUGUAGAAAAAACUCUGGCCAUUAUCAAACCUGAUAUUGUUGACAAAGAGGAGGAGAUCCAAGAUAUUAUUCUCAGAUCCGGCUUCACCAUUGUUCAGAGACGAAAGCUACAUCUCAGCCCUGAGCACUGCAGUAACUUUUAUGUGGAACAGUAUGGGAAAAUAUUUUUCCCAAAUUUAACAGCUUACAUGAGUUCUGGACCGCUAGUUGCCAUGAUAUUAGCUAGACAUAAUGCCAUCUCUUACUGGAAAGAACUGUUGGGACCAAGUAAUAGUUUGGUAGCUAAAGAGACACACCCAGACAGUCUAAGGGCAAUUUAUGGCACGGAUGACCUAAGGAACGCACUGCAUGGGAGUAACGACUGUGCUGCAGCAGAGAGAGAAAUUCGGUUCAUGUUCCCUAAAGAUCACCACACUUUGAGAAGUGGAGCCCCACCUGAGUUGUAUAGUGAAACCUUGUCUCAAGAUAAAAGUUGUUGGACUGGGAUUCAGCUCAGUGGCAAAAGCGCCUGCCUUGCAAGUGCACGGUCAUGCAUUGGAUCCUUGGUACCAAAAAAAAAAAAAAAAAAAAAGAUAAAAAUUGUUUUAAAAGGCCAAAGAUUAAAAAAAAAAAAAGCCAACAGUGGAGAGUUUCCAGUUCAAAAAAAGAAUCAAUAGUUGAGUAAGGGCUUGAGGGUUAGCUGCAAUUAAUGAGAUUGCUGAGUGGCUGUUCUAUAUGUGGGCUGUAGUGAUGGUUACAUGAUUGUACAUAAUGACCAGAAUUCACCAGCCACCUUAAAAUGUGUGAAUUUUAUUGUGAAUAAAUAAAGAGAAAAUAAGUAUCUUUCCAUGGUAUUACAAACUUCUUUUAAUAAGACAUCCUUUUUUGUUUUUAGUUUUGUUUUGUUGUCUUUUUCCUUUUUAUUGGUAUGGGGAUCGAAUUCAUGACUGCCUGCUUGCAAGGCAGGUGCUUAUGCCACUGAGCUAAAUCUCCAUCCCCUAAGACAUCCUUUUAAAUGACUUAUUUUCUUCCUUACAUUUCC